AUGGCUCCAGUGAGGCCAUCCCAGGCGACGGAGGUUCUGCGGGAGGGGAACAUUGCUGAAGAGCGAGAAAGAACAUCCUCUCCCACGUCUGAAAAGGACAGACAGCGGCGGCGGCGGCGGCGGCGGCGGCGGCGGAGAGCGCGGGCAGCCCGCCUCCUCCCCGUGACCGGGCGCCGCGACAUGGAGCCGCCCGCCGCUUUCUCCGGUUUCCCCGCCCCGCCCUCCGUCGUGCCGUCGGGGCCGCCGCCGUCGCCGCUCGCCGGGGCCGAGCCGGGGCCGGAGCCGGAGCCCGAGGAGGCGGGCCGCGGGGAGCGGGAGCCCGCGCCCGCGCCGGGCCCGGGCCGGCGGCGGCGGCGGCCGCUGCAGCGCGGGAAGCCGCCCUACUCGUACAUCGCGCUCAUCGCCAUGGCGCUGGCGCACGCCCCCGGCCGCCGCCUCACGCUGGCCGCCAUCUACCGCUUCAUCACCGAGCGCUUCGCCUUCUACCGCGACAGCCCGCGCAAGUGGCAGAACAGCAUCCGCCACAAUCUCACGCUCAACGACUGCUUCGUCAAGGUGCCCCGCGAGCCGGGCAACCCGGGCAAGGGCAACUACUGGACGCUCGACCCGGCGGCCGCCGACAUGUUCGACAACGGCAGCUUCCUGCGGCGCCGCAAGCGCUUCAAGCGCGCCGAGCUGCCCGCGCUGCCCGCCGCGCCGCCCGCGCCCGCCGCCGGCCCGCCGCCCUUCCCCUACGCGCCCUACGCGCCCGGCCCCGGCCCCGCACUGCUCGCGCCGCCGCCCCCCGCCGCCCCCGGGCCCGCGCCGCCCGCGCGCCUCUUCAGCGUCGACAGCCUGGUGAGCCUGCCGCCCGAGCUGGCGGCGGGGCUGGGCGCCCCCGAGCCGCCCUGCUGCGCCGCGCCCGACGCCGCCUUCGCGCCCUGCGCGGCCGCCGCCUCCCCGCCGCUCUACGCGCCGCCGCCGCCCGACCGCCUGGGGCUGCCCCCGGCGCGCCCCGGCCCUGGCCCCGGGCCGCUGCCCGCCGAGCCGCUGCUGGCCUUGGCCGGGCCCGCGGCCGCGCUCGGCCCCCUGGGCCCCGGAGACGCCUACCUGCGGCCGCCCGGCUACGCGCCGCCGGGGCUGGAGCGCUACCUGUGAGCCCCUUCCCCGCGGGCGGGGCUCUGGCUGGGAGCCCCCGUCGCUGCCCGCCGUGGCUCGGAGCGCACCUCGGCGUUCUGCCUGCCUCGCGGACCGGAAACACCUGUUGCCUCUGCCCCGAUCGCAGGGGAGCCUCCCGCUGCCACCCCGACCGGUGGGGCCCUCGCAUCCCGUUCCAACACUGUGAGCCCUCCUCGGGGACCCUCACCCACCCGCUCCGCACCGCCACCCCCAGCGCUGUUUUGGGUCCCAGGUCCCGCAGCCCGAUCACCGUCUGAGCUCCCACCCCGGGUUCCUGGUGAACCCCGCGCCUUCGGAAGCCAGGCGGAGCCCGUCCCCCGAGAGGCCCCUUAUUUCUUCAACCUUCCUUGCUGUUUUUGGAACUCAGUAGCGAAGUCCUUGCUGUCACCCCUUCGUUCCCUCCCACGUUUGCCCCCCCCCCCCCAUCCUAUCUGUCCGUUCUCAGUUUCUUGCUGGGAGAGCCGGCCUCUUCCACACAGACCACCUGGCCGCGCUCUUCCAGACCGGAGGACAGUUGCUCCCUGCUGAGACAAGCAGCACCAGGGGCUCCUGACUGCAAGCGGAGUUUGUGGGCUGCCCCACCAUCUGGACCACUUAGGACUUCUUGGGUUAUUUUAAAAAUCAAAACUAGUUGCAUUAAAAAGAAAGAAGAAACAAA